CAGUUUGUGUUGAAAAGUGGAGUGGUGUGGACGUUGGAGAUCCGGGGGACUUUGUGUCGGAUUUUGCAGGAAUUGGAAUUGUAUUCAAAUUCCGAAUAGUUAGGAACUGUCCUGGCAGUCGACAUAUAAAGACUGUGGCCUGGAGACAAGAGUGACUGAACUAUAUAGCUGUCAGACAAACUCACAAAAUGGCUGAGCAGCUGAAGCCCCCCAAGAAGGGAAUCCUGAAGAAUUCAACCAGCUUUGACAAGACUGAGAGAAAGUCGUCACUGAAGGAGACCAAGUGGGACGAGAUGAACAUCAUCGCCACCUUCCACCCGGCCGACAAGGACUAUGGCCACAUGAAGAUCGAGGAGCCCAAGACGCCCUUCAACUACGCCUGUCCCGACGAGGCGGCAGAGACCGCCGAGACGGAGGCCAUCGACUCCGACGUACUCGCCCAAAAGAUUCGGUUGGGUGCCGAACAGCCGCUCAAGGCCAUGGAGCAGGUGGAUGAGGACGACGAGGAGAAUAUGACCGCCGAACAGCUGGAGGCGCACCGUCAGUUCGAGGCCAAGCGCAAGUCGCAUUACAACGAGUUUUACGCCGUGAAGCUGGCCCGGCAGCUGAUGGAGAAGGACGAGGAGCUGCUGGAGGCCGAGUCGGAGGAGGGCGCCGGCCCGUCCUCGGCCGCCGGGCCGUCCUCCUCCUCUGCCGAGCCGGCCCCGGCCCCUGACUCGGCUCCGUCAACCAGCUCGUAGACGGGCGGCCCGCCGAGACCGGCCGAACCCGGCGCCGGAGCCCGUCUGUGUACUGGUUUGGCGGGCGCGCUGUGCGCCGGCCCGGUGCAGCCAUUUGUGAUACGGUUUAGCCAGAGCGCUGCUGUUGCUGACGGAGUGACGCGGUGACGUGUUGGACGUCACGUCAACACCCGUCAGUCACGUCACGUCACCUGGUGUCAACGUCACGUCGCCGGAUCGACAGCCGCCGUGACGGGACCGGGAGAGCAGCCCAGCUGUGCGCCGUGGAGGCAGGCGGAGGACGCCUCAGAGACAAAGGAGCUCAGACGGUGACACAUCCUACCCCGGUGGUGUCCCGGCGGCCGGCGCAUGCGGAAGACGCUCGUGGUCGCCAAGUCGCGUCACGCCGGUCCGACCAGCUCUCGGUGGACACAUCCGUUAGCGCCGCGUCAGGCGGGCUGGGAGGCCGGCCGUGCGCGCCGAGAGGCGGCGUGCCCUAUCGACCCGGCGGCGCGGUGACGGAGGCCGCCGGCGGGCUCGGACGGCCCCGGGACACGUAUGUGAUACCUCCCGACCGGGAGCCGGCCGACCACCCGCUCCGGCUGGGGGCAGAGGCUUUAUUUACCGCUGGGGACGGACAGCACGUGCCGCGGAGCGCCGCCGCUGAUCCCGCCGAUGGUGUUGUCCUAUGAUGCUGCAGUGCAGCGCGCACUCCGUAGUGUGUAGGGACGUAGGAGGCGUCAAAUUACGGCGCGGAAGUGCUCCAGCUCGGAAAGUCACCGGCCGUGACCGGCCUUCUGAUACAAACUCGGUACUUCCAGGCCGGCCCGAGGGACCGGCCGAGUGCCGUCGCCAGGCUCAUCAGUGGAAUAGCGCGCUAGGAUGGAUGUUUUGAGUAUAAAGUCAGCGUCUCCGCGCGGGACCGCGUUAGACCAUCGAUAAUGUCCUGUUCGCUCCUCGUGCAUGUCUGUGUCUAUCUGGGUGCGAAUGCAGUGCAGAUUGUGUGGGAGAUCACAGAUAGUGUCUGAUUGUCGCCGGUGUAGCAAGGAUCGCCCUCCGAAUUAUCCCGGCUGAUUGUCGUUGCAAUAAACGUCGAAUGCUGGUGUCA